GAUUUCUUCUUCAAACAAACAGGAAGUGCCUACGGAGGCCGGGCCGGCGGCAGGUCAGGGGCCGGGCAUGAGGCCGGGUGGCGACCGGAUUGCGGGCGGCGGCGAUGAGCGACAUAGUGGAGAAAACACUGACGGCGCUGCCGGGACUAUUCCUACAGAACCAGUCGGUUGGCGGGCCUACGGCCGCCAAGGCGUCCUUCUCCUCCCGGCUGGGCGGCCUGGUCCGCGGGAUCACCGCGCUCACCUCCAAGCACGAGGAAGAGAAAUUAAUCCAGCAGGAACUGAAUAAUCUGAAAGCAACUGUUUCUGCUCCUACUACAACUCUAAAAAUGAUGAAGGAAUGUAUGGUGAGACUUAUAUAUUGUGAAAUGCUUGGAUAUGAUGCUUCCUUUGGCUAUAUACAUGCAAUCAAAUUGGCACAACAAGGAAAUCUUUUAGAAAAAAGAGUAGGUUAUUUGGCUGUAUCUUUAUUUCUACAUGAAAGUCAUGAACUAUUGCUUCUCCUUGUGAAUACAGUUGUAAAGGACUUGCAGAGCACUAACCUAGUAGAAGUAUGUAUGGCACUUACUAUCGUCAGCCAGAUUUUCCCUCGAGAAAUGAUUCCAGCUGUUCUUCCAUUGAUAGAAGAUAAACUUCAACAUUCUAAGGAGAUUAUACGAAGAAAAGCUGUUCUGGCAUUAUAUAAAUUUUAUCUCAUUGCUCCUAAUCAAGUACAGCAUAUCCAUGUUAAGUUUCGAAAAGCACUUUGUGACAGAGAUGUUGGGGUCAUGGCUGCUUCCUUGCACAUAUACUUUAGGAUGAUUAAGGAGAAUUCAUCUGCAUAUAAAGACUUGACUGGGAGUUUUGUAACGAUUUUGAAGCAAGUGGUUGGAGGAAAGCUCCCAGUAGAUUUCAAUUACCACAGUGUACCAGCACCAUGGUUACAAAUUCAGUUGUUGAGAAUACUAGGACUUCUGGGAAAAGAUGAUCAAAGGACAAGUGAAUUAAUGUAUGAUGUUCUUGAUGAAUCCUUACGAAGAGCUGAGUUAAAUCACAAUGUCACAUAUGCUAUUCUGUUUGAAUGUGUACAUACAGUCUAUUCUAUUUAUCCUAAAUCGGAAUUGCUUGAGAAGGCUGCCAAAUGCAUUGGAAAGUUUGUUCUGUCACCUAAAAUAAAUCUCAAAUAUUUAGGACUGAAGGCUCUUACUUAUGUUAUCCAACAGGAUCCCACUCUUGCUCUUCAACAUCAGAUGACAAUAAUUGAAUGCUUAGAUCAUCCUGAUCCCAUUAUUAAAAGAGAGACUCUGGAACUUCUUUACAGAAUUACUAAUGCACAGAAUAUAACAGUGAUUGUCCAGAAAAUGCUUGAAUAUUUACAUCAGAGCAAAGAAGAAUAUAUUAUCGUCAAUUUGGUUGGAAAAAUAGCUGAGCUGGCUGAGAAAUAUGCUCCUGAUAAUGCGUGGUUUAUUCAGACAAUGAAUGCUGUAUUUUCAGUGGGAGGAGAUGUGAUGCAUCCUGAUAUUCCCAAUAACUUUCUGAGACUGCUAGCAGAAGGUUUUGAUGAUGAAACAGAAAAUCAGCAAUUAAGACUUUAUGCAGUUCAGUCUUAUCUUACUUUAUUAGAUGUGGAAAAUGUGUUCUAUCCACAGAGAUUUCUUCAAGUUAUGAGUUGGGUGUUAGGAGAGUAUUCCUAUCUCUUAAAUAAGGAAACACCAGAGGAAGUUAUAACCAAGCUCUACAAGUUACUUAUGAAUGACUCCAUUUCUUCAGAAACAAAAGCCUGGAUAAUAGCUGCUGUGACCAAGUUGACACCCCAAGCACACUCUUCUAAUAUAGUUGAGAGAUUAAUCCAGGAAUUUACCACAUCUUUGGAUACUUGCUUGAGACAGCAUGCAUUUGAAUUAAAACACUUGCAUGAGAAUGUAAAACUGAUGAAGAGCUUACUUCCAAUUGAUAAGAGUUGUGAAGACAUGGUGGUAGAUGCUUCCUUAUCUUUUCUGGAUGGUUUUGUGGCUGAAGAACUAACACAGGGGGCAGCACCUUACAAACCUCACCACCAACGGCAGGAGGAAAAGCUUUCUCAGGAAAAAGUUCUCAAUUUUGAACCGUAUGGACUCUCUUUUUCUUCAUCUGGCUUCACUGGACGACAGUCUCCUGCUGGCAUUUCUCUUGGUUCAGAUAUAUCUGGGAAUAGUACAGAGACUGGACUAAAAGAGACAAAUGGCUUGAAGCUGGAAGGUAUAAAGAAAUUGUGGGGGAAAGAGGGCUAUCUUCCCAAGAAGGAAAGCAAAACUGGUGAUGAAACGGAAGUCCCUCCAGUUCCUCAGGAGAGUAUAAUAAUGGAGAAUGGAGAUCAAACUGUAACAAAAAAGGAUCAGUCUCAAGUCCUUACCCAAUCUAAAGAGGAGAAAGAAAAGCAGCUGCUGGCAUCAUCAUUGUUUGUUGGGCUAGGAUCAGAAAGUACAAUCAAUUUGCUCGGAAAAACAGAUACCAUUUCUCACAAGUUUAGAAGGAAAUCAAAAAUCAAAGAAACCAAAAGUGAGGAAACAACCACUGAUCAAAAUAUAAUCCGUUCUUCCUUUAGUUCUUCAUCAAAUGUGACUUAUGAAGAAGAUUAUUGUUUGGAUAAUUUGCAGGAUAGAGGAGACAAAGAAUUAAAGAAGUUUUCUCUCAGUUCAGAACUUUUGGAUUCGGAGUCACUGACAGAACUGCCCUUGGUUGAGAAAAUCUCAAAUUGCAGGCUGUCUACACCCUCUUUGUUUGCUGAUAACAACAUGGAAGUUUUUCACCCUCCUCAAGCCACUGCAGCCUCAGUUGCCAAUGAAAUCUCUUUAGCUUCUUCUUUGUUGGAAGAAACAAGUGAGCACAUACAUUCAGAUCUUAUGGAGGUCUGUAAUAAUGAAACCAUAUCUGUGUCUUCUUACAAAAUUUGGAAAGAUGAUUGUUUGUCGGUGGUCUGGUCAGUUUUUAAUAAAAGUGGUUUGGAACUGAAAAGUGCUAACUUAGAAAUUGCUCCUGCAGAAAAUUUCAAGAUCACUGAGCAACCUGGAUGCUGUUUGCCCGUAAUAGAAGCAGAAAGCACCAAAAAUUUUCAAUACAGUGUGCAGAUGGAAAAACCUUUUGCAGAAGGAAAUCUGUCUGGUUUUAUAACUUACCAAGUGAUGGAUACUCAUUCUGUUCAGCUUGAAUUUUCAGUAAACUUAUCACUGUUAGAUUUCAUUAGGCCAUUAAAAAUCUCGACUGAAGACUUUGGUAAACUCUGGUUAUCCUUCGCAAAUGAUGUGAAACAAAAUGUAAAGAUGUCAGAAUCUCAAGCUGCUCUGAGUUCUACCUUAAAGGCCCUGCAACAGGAACUAAGACUUCAUGUUGUUGACAUUAGAGGUAAUGAAGGGCUCUUGGCCUGUCAACUGCUCCCAUCCAUCCCCUGCUUGCUGCAUUUUCGAGUUCAUGGUGACAUGUUAGCCCUGUGGUUCAGAUCCUCCUGUUCUACUCUUCCUGACUAUUUACUUUAUCAGUGUCAAAAAGUGAUGGAGGGAUCCUAGCAAAAGCUCUGCUUAUAUUUUACUCCAUCAAAAUAAAUGGUUUACAUAGAUAAACUUAUUUACCAAAGUAAAAAGGAUUAAUGGUACUUCUAAUGAAAAUGGGGAUUAUUACAGGUUGUGGUUUUAUGUGUUUUCUUUAUGGUUCCUGAUCAAGAAAGAUCCCCAAGAAACUGUACCCCUAACCUUUUACUCAGGAUUGUACAGUAGGUUUGGGUCCUGAAAAAGCGGCCUAAGCUAAUGCUAUAAAUUGCUAAUGAUUUAUAUAUAUCACUUAGUGCAGAGGGUCUGAAAAUAAUUUAUUUUGUUAUAAAUAAUUUUAUAGCAGAUUUACUCUAGUGCUAAAGCUGAUUUAUAGUAAAGCCAGGUCUCAGUUCUCUGCGUUAAUGGAGGGGAGACCUAAACUUAAUAAUCCCAAAUUGAAUUCAUAUUUGGCUUUGGAAUGCAGUGUAUGCUUUUUGGUCAGCAAGUCAUCACUUUCAAUAAUGUUUUGCUUAGAUCAGUAUUGAGCUAAGUUGGCACAGCACACACUAAUACUUCAGGAGACCCAUGAGCACGUUGGAUUUUGAGGGAUCCAAUCUGUGGUACAGUUUUUAUUAUAACUUGAUACACAUAAUUGCAAACAAUUUGGCUACAAAAUUUGUUUUCCACUUGCAUUAAUUUUUUUUUAAUUAAUUUUUUUUUUUAUUAGUUGGAGGCUAAUUACUUCACAACAUUUCAGUGGGUUUUGUCAUACAUUGAUAUGAAUCAGCCAUAGAUUUACACGUAUUCCCCAUCCCGAUCCCCCCUCCCACCUUGCAUUAAUUUUUAAAAUUCAAAAUGAAUCACCAUAUUCUUGUUUUAAAAACUCAGAGCCAUUUACAUAAUAUUAUUAUUUAGAAACAAAACCUGUAAGAGCACACAGUACUAAAGUAAACAGGUAUAAAAGGACUUUUCAGUUAUGGCAAAUAUCUUAGUUACCACUUAGACUUUUUUUGGCACAUUAAAAUUUGUGAAUAGAGUACAAAUGACAAAACCAUUUUUCCUGGCCUUUGAAUCCCCUAGUACUGAAUGGAUGAAAUGAGAAGAGUGAUAGUCUUAAGUUUACCAUACAGAUUCUUCAGUAAAAUACAUGAUUUUCAUGUUACAGUUGUGCCUAUAUGACCUCUGUCAGAACUAUUAUCAGUAAAAGAGGUUAAGCCUAAUUUGAAUGAUAGACCAGAAUCUUAAGAUUAUACAUUUAUGUUAAAAACAGAGUAUUUUAUAAAACCUUAUGGUGCUGUGGAAAAUAUUUAUUAUUUCACUUUUUCUGAUACUUCAUGGUAGAAACUAUUCAGGUAAUAUAGUUUUAAGUCAUUGUAGUUAAUACUCUGGUUAAUUGGUACUGUUAUCACCCGGGUGUGGAAUUGUGGUUUUAGGUUGUCUCAUUAGUCAUAACUGAUAGGGAAUUCCCCAAAGCUGAUAGACUUCACUAGUUAUUUGUGUUUAGCAUAUCUCUCCCUAAAAACAAAAGCCACGUUAAGAAAUUAAUUUUUAAGUUACUCAUUAAAAAAAUACCUUGUUAAUUUCAUGCUUCUAAAAAAGCAUGCAGUAAGACCUUGCUACAAGAGCAAUGAGAAGUGGUUAGAAUUUCCUGAGUAGGUUUUUCCUUUUGAAUAGAAGAUCAGAUUCAUUCUCAAGCUCCCAGCAGUGUCAUGAUGACAGGAAUAUGAAUGACGGGAGAGUGUGGACACUGUUGGCUUUCUCUUUAUUGCUGCCUCUGUCAGCAGCACCCUCCCAGCCCACCUAGUCCUGUUGAUACUUCUGACAAAGAGAUAGGAAGUGCCCUCUCACUUUGCGAAGGAAUGUAGAGUGUAGCAAAAGAGGUGCUUCAUAUUUUUGUGUCCCUGCUUCCUUUUGUGUGGUCACCACGGCUGGGUGGAGUGUGGAGCAGUGGAUGUAAGGUGCCCAACAAGCAGAUGGACAGCUAGCUGGGAGAGAUUACAGUGAGCUGUUGUGCUGCUUUGUUACAGGGUGUUCAUAGGUGGCAGCAGCAGUUGUCAUGAGAGACACGCUUGGCCUACAGUGCUAAUGGUGGGAAAUGUGUAAUGGUAGGUUAGGGCUGGGAGUAUGAUUUUGGGUCUGUCAGAGGGAACGUGGUGUCACUUUUGUUCUUUCUGAACCCACUGCAUAAAAAGUAGGAUAAAAGGAUUUCUGCUGAAUGUUUAAUAGAAUGUUUACAUUUUUAUAUUUUUAUGGUUUUUAAAAACAAUAAUAGAAAAGAGUAGAUUUUAAAGAACUUCAGAGCAGUAUAUAUUCUGCCUAAGCUAAUGAAUGUUUUAAGUUCUAGAUCAGGCAUCACCAGCUUUUUCUGCAUUGUAGGAGAUGUGACGAUGAAGUAGGAAGAACGAAUUUUUUUGUGGGCAAGAUCGUCUCUUUAUCUUAUAAUUCAGUCAAGUAAAGGGGCGACAUCUGGAGUGAGAGCUCUUGUGGAGGGGAGAUGCAGCUGGUGAGUUCUCUGCUGGGCAUCUUUGCUGAGAACACAGGUGGCGAUGAGUGUGAAUCUGGGGAGAAUAAAGGGAAGACAGGAAAGCCUUAAGAGACAGUGGAGGAAAAAGGAGCAGGCUUCCACCAGAGGAGUAGAUUAGUCGCAGGGGAGUGUGGGCCCUGAGUAGGGGUCCUUCUGAAAAAAACUGCAGAUGGAAGCUGAACAGUUACCAAGUGCUGAUGUGCCAAGCAUGCCAAGCACAGCAUGUGCUCUGCAGAGGAGCAGUAUUUAAAAAAUAUUCUAUAAUCUACGGAAACAAUUUUGGUUAAAAUGCAGUUUUAUUUUUUCCUUUAUUUUAGUUCAUGUCAUUUGUGUUUUAAAAUAUCAAGCAAUUUUUUUUUUUAUGGAUUAAUGUGAUCUUUGUCUCAUGUUUGUGAGCCACUGAAAGUGCACUGAACCUAUUCACAUGUCUUUUAAGGUGUUGUUUUCAUUUGUUUUAAAAUUUUAGGAGGGAAAAAUGCAAGUGAAUAACAGCUUUCCAGGCAUUAGUUGCCUUAUUUUGGAGUUGAAUUCUGUAAUUUGAAAAAAUUCAGUUAAACAUGUAAUAAAUGCAAAGUGAUCUA